UCUGGGUGAUGAACUCUGGCUGGUUAUGGAGUACAUGGAUGGAGGUGCCCUGAGCGAUGUCAUCAAUGAGACUCACAUGUCUGAAAGAGAGAUUGCAGCCGUCAGUCGGGAGUGCCUGCGAGGACUGGAUUUUCUUCACUCCAACCACAUGAUCCACCGAGGUCUGAAGAGCUGCAACAUCCUUCUCAGAACCGAUGGCUCUGUCAAACUGGCUGACUUUGGCCUCUUUGCUCAGCUCACUCCUGAGCAGAGUAGACAGAGCUCCGUGGCCAGCACUUCUGGGUGGAUGGCGCCUGAAGUGGUGACAGGUCAGCCAUAUGGCCCCAAAGUGGACAUAUGGUCUUUUGGAAUCGUGGGCAUUGAAAUGGUGGAAGGAGAAGCUCCUUACUGGAAAGAAACUUCUGGCAUGUGUUGGAGCUCUGUCUCUGAAGGACAAAAAUUUUUCAGUGGAAUGGUUGGAUGUGUGCUGCUGCAGCAGGUGUUGAUAGAGGCCGUGUAUUCCUGCGCCCUGUGUGCAAGACGAGGCUGUGCUGUGAAGCCGUGA